AUGUGUCCACGUGCUCCAUCUUCGUUGCGUAAAUUUUCAACGUCGUAUGAGCAUUUUACUAAGACUAGAAGUUGGAAAUAUUCGAUGCAAGAUGCUUCAGUUUCGAAAAUACAAGCGAUGAACCGAAAAGUACCUGCCAUAAAUAAACAAAAUUUCGAUUAUUUUCUUGUCCUCGAUUUUGAAGCAACUUGUGAAGAAGGGAUUAAAAUUAUGCCACAUCAAGAGAUAAUCGAGUUUCCGGUUAUACAGCUUUCCGGAAAAAAUUUCGAAGAAGUUGGCCGGUUUCAUCGAUAUGUGAGGCCUACCGAGCGACCAAUUUUAACCUCAUUUUGUACUGAACUUACUGGAAUUGUACAGGAAACAGUUACAAAUCAAGAGACUCUUCCGGAUGUUAUGAAUGCUUUUGAUAAAUGGCUUGUCGAUUCGAAUUUGAUUAGUGCCGAUCAUUCGAUGAAGUCACUUUUUACUUUUGUGACGUGUGGUGAUUGGGAUCUUGGUGUAUUGCUUCCUAGCGAAGCUAAUUAUCGAAAUUUGGAGCUACCAGAUUACUUCAAAAAAUGGAUCAAUUUGAAAAAAGCCUUUUGCAAAUGGAAAGGUUAUUUCGCCAAAUCUCUAACAGUGAUGCUUCGUGACCUGGAACUAAAUCAUGAGGGUCGAUUACACAGUGGAAUAGAUGACGUAAGAAAUAUGUGUCAGAUUACGAGAUCCCUUGCCAAGAGUGGUUACAUAUUCCAAAAUACAUCGAUUUAUGUGGAUGCGAAACGUAAUUUCGAAAAUUUAUAA